UUAGCGUUUCGAAGUGUCAACAAUAUUAUUUUGAUAUCAGCGAAAUUUCUAUUGAAAUCGGAAAAAAAAAUUGUCGAAAAAUUGUGGCGACAAACAAAUUUCAUGUUUAUUCGGUGAAACACUUGUGCAAAUUCAAAGCAACUUUCUAGUCCCUAGUUGUGUAGUUUUCGACUUCUGCAAAUUCAUCGGAAAAAGUGCUCUUUUCCUGCACUGUUUCAUCAUACACAAUUACGGUGCUCUGUGUGUGCUAAUCCAUUCCAUGCAUGCGAAAUAGCGACAGGGAAUCGCAAAACACAAUAGAACGACCAACACAACCACUUGAACUGAAGUCCAUUGACGUGUUUAUUUUGCAAUGGAUGGAAAUCGAGACGAAGCCGAACGGUGCAUAGAGAUUGCAGUGAAUGCACUGCGAGAAGCUAAACUCGAUAAAGCGGAAAAGUUUCUGAAAAAGGCCGAAACGUUAUAUCCAACGCAGAAAGCUAAGGAUAUCCUGGAAAAGGUUCUGAAAGCCUCCAAGGAAAAUGUUACCGACGAACCGACAACUCCGCCAACAACAACGUUCAGGCGCCGAACAACGUCACCGAACGCAAAAGCGGAAAAACCCGAACCAAACUUUACGAAUGAACAGGUGGAAAUUGUGAAAAAGAUCAAAAAGUGCAAGGAUUACUACGAAAUUCUGAGUGUUACCAAAGAGUCUACCGAUUCGGAGAUAAAGAAAGCGUACAAAAAGUUGGCAUUGCAACUGCAUCCGGACAAAAACAAUGCACCGGGCGCAGCUGAAGCCUUCAAAGCCGUCGGCAAUGCCGUUGCAACGUUAACGGAUCCGGAGAAACGGAAGGCAUACGAUUUGUACGGUGCUGACGAAGCUAACAAUGGCAUGCGACGGCAACAUCAUCAUCGACAUCAUGGUUCCGGUUUCGCUUACACGCAAGGAUUCGAAUCGGACGUGACGGCCGAGGAAUUGUUCAAUAUGUUCUUCGGCGGUGGCUUUCCGCAACAGCAAAACGUUUUCAUGCGACAACGUCGUUUCCAUCGCGCUGAACAGCAACAGACUCGUGGCGAAGCUCAGUCAGGAUAUUCGGCAUUGAUCAACCUUCUGCCCAUUCUACUGUUGAUCAGCCUGUCGAUGAUGUCAUCGUUUUUUAUAUCGGAUCCGAUUUAUAGCCUGCAACCUAGUCAUAAAUAUUCGAUUGAACGUAAGACCAACACGUACAAAGUAUCGUAUUACGUCAAAGACAAUUUCCAUUCGGAGUACCAAGGAUCACUGGGACGAUUGGAGGCGUCGGUGGAAGAGGAAUACAUAAACAAUCUGAAGCAUGCUUGCUAUCGUGAGAAGAACUACAAGGAGUCAAUGUUCAUUCGAGCCAGGUCGUUCGGAGACCGUGAAAUUUAUCGAAAAGCCCAACAAGUUACGACGCCAUCAUGUGAUCAACUGCAGAAGAUGCAAAACAUUUAGACUAAUCCCGAAUUCCACACAAUUUGCUAAUUUCAUAUCGAUCAUUUUCCGUCAUCAUCACAUCACACACAUCUCUACCGACACGGAAACCAGCCGUAGCAGCAUGAAAUUUGUGCGUGCGUGAAAAUCAAAUUCAAUUUCUUCUGCACUGGAAAUGACGACAACGGAACGGUGCGUAAAAAUAUUAAUAUUUUUGUCUGCAACUUAUGUAGGGCCAUUUUUAUGUGUUAGUUUGAUGGAUUGUUAUAAUGAAAAAUAUAAUUUUUGUUGAUUCAAUAAUA